AUGGCCAUCUUUCGCUGCAACGUGGUGCGGCCCGCCUUGUGUCCAGCAUGUCUGCGCGACAAGAAGUUCCACCAGUUCGUCAAUCUGACCAGCUGGAAGAGUCACUUACACGAUCACGUUCUGGGUAGCAAGCUUCAGCGUUGCCCUCAUCCUCGCUGUGUCGACACACAUUUAUCUAGUAAGAGGGAGGACAUACUCGACCACUUGGCGGAUGUGCACGAGAUUCGCUUCGAGAGCAAGAAGCGAAAAAGAUGCCUUCAUCGUGACUCUGAAGAACAUGGCCGGCAGAAGCUCUCGUUUCUGUAUAUCAAUCCGGCCGUGUUCUCAUCGCCACCGAAAGUGGUUCAGGCAGGCGACAAUCUUGGUGGUGUGGAGGUCGAGGACAUGGGAAAGCUGGAGAAAAGAAAAGUCCCUGACGCUCGCUUAGGUCAGACCAAGUCCAGUACGCCUGCGACAGUCUCGAGUCCAAUCAUAGCACAAGAGGAAGGCGACUAUCAUCUGGAUAACAGCCAGCUUGUGACACUAGACGGUAUAGGGGGUGACGAGUCACAUUCGGCCUAUGAUGGCUUGUCUGGUGGUCACAAAGCGGCCGGCAAUGUUUACGCAGGGAAAUUAGUUCAACGAAAAACAGCACAGGAAGUCGUCUCCAUCACGGUCGAUGUGCCGCCAGUGCCUGACUGGUGGUACACUGAUGGUAUACCGUGUGUGGACGUGCUUUCGAGUGACGAUGAUCGAGCUACCAUUCCGAAAGUCCCAGAAAGCCGAGUGGCACCGGAAAAGUCUAGACGAGGCAGACCUCGUGGAUCUCGUAACCGCAAAACCCUGCUUAGAGAGCGACGUCGAAAUCAGACGGGGAAAGCUCGAUCCUCCACGUGA